ACUUAAUAUUUUUUCAUGUUCGUUUUACGCCUUAAUUUACGUCACUUCCUGGGCUCCCUCCUUUCUGCCUCCAUCGCUUAUUGCGUGAGCCGCGUGUUUACACACUUCCAGAUGAAGGAGUCGAUAAUGAACCAAGAGAAGCUUGCCAAACUGCAGGAGCAGGUCCGCAUAGGUGGCAAGGGGUCAGCCCGGAGAAAGAAGAAGGUGGUGCACAGGACGGCUACAGCAGACGAUAAGAAGCUGCAGUUUUCACUGAAGAAACUAGGAGUCAACAACAUCUCUGGUAUUGAAGAGGUGAAUAUGUUCACAAACCAGGGGACGGUGAUCCACUUCAAUAACCCAAAGGUUCAGGCCUCCUUGGCUGCCAACACGUUUACGAUCACAGGGCAUGCUGAAAAUAAACAGCUAACAGAGAUGCUUCCGGGAAUCCUCAACCAGAUGGGAGCUGAUAGUCUUACCAGCCUCAGGAGACUAGCAGAGACCCUGCCCAAAUCCGCUGGAGACAACAAAGCUCCCAUAGUUGCUGCCGAAGAGGAAGAUGACGAAGUUCCUGAUCUUGUGGAAAACUUUGAUGAAGCUUCAAAGAACGAAGCAAAUUAACCAACAUGACGACAUCUGAGUGUUUCUUGAGUCACCACAGUAUUUAAGUCAUGUAUUUGUGGCUACAAACAUAACCUGCCUUUAAAUUCAACAAUUGGGUUGGAACAAGAAAAUUGACUUUUUACAGAAAAUGUUAUUAUACAGUUAAAGCAAACAGAAUUUAUUAGAACCUGCACAAGCUUCUCUUUCUCAUGCUGCCUUCUUCACACUGCAGUACCCAUGCAUAAAAAAAUGUAUUGGUGGAAUUAAUUGUGUAAUAAAGAUAGCCUUUUAACUUCUUUUAUAUAUGCAGCAGAACAGUUUUGCUUUGUUUUGUUUUUUCACAAAUUAAAAUCAUUGCAACUGUU